UUUAGAUGCAUCAUCUGAAGACUGAACUUGAGGUGUGGGGUUCGUAAGUGGGCAUCAGCGAUGCAUACUUGCAUACUCACCACAUCCCACUCAGAGACUAAAUCAUCCUUCUCUAUGCUAGCCUCGAUAUUCAACCCACUAAUUGACCCACAGCAAUCACAAUGACAUCUGUCGACCCUCGCUACGAACAACUGUUCCUAGAAAUAGAAUCCCGAUUCAGAUCCACCAGCCUCCCCGCAGACAAAUGGUACAUACUCGCAAUUGCAACCAUCCGUCUACGAGAAGCCCUCCUCAAAUCCGUCAUCAUCGUCGGCGUCUGCAAGCCCAUCGAAGCCAUCCUAGCCAUCAGCAAGGUCGAGCGCGACGAAGACAAAGAGUUCACCUGCACGCGGGAGAACUGGCAAUGCGACGCGGCCAACCACGACCGCGGGAUGGACUGGUUCGGCAAGCUGUACGCGCGCAAUGCGUCCAACACGCUGGACCUGUUCAAUGCGCACAAGGACUUCGCCUGGUUGUCGACGGAGAUCACCUACGGGUUGUUUCUGUCUGAUCGGCAGGUUCUGGAUGAUGUGGAUACGCAGAUGGUUGUGUUGCCGGCGAUCAUGAGCCAGAAUCUCAGGACUGAGACGCAUUGGCAUAUUCGGGGGACGAGGCGGUUGGGGCUCUCCAGGGAGGAGGUGCAGGUUGUUUGGGAUUGUGUACAGCUGGUGGCGCGGUUCUAUGGCGUAACGCUGGACAAGGUUCCUACUGUUGAGGAAGUGGAAGCUGACAUAUAAGUCUGUUUACUUUCAUGAUAGACGGUCCUAAAAGACAUGCAUUUCGCAUCAAUGGAAAGGCUAGUACAAUGAAAGCUCGCCUUGCCAUUCCAUCGUGACGAGCCAAAAUGUGAGCUCC